AUGGGGGAGCGGCAGCCCGGUGGGGCGGGCACCGGCCCAGCCGUGCCGCCCCCGGAUGGUGCUGUCCUCGCCCCUGGACGCCCCGCUCCGCGCCCUGCAGAACCCGAGCUCGCCCCGACCUCCACCCCCACCCCCCAGCCCAGCCCGGCCCGGCCCGUGCUUGACGCUGGCAUGAAAUUGGCUGCAGCCAACCAGCUGGAUGAGAGCCAGCAGGAACGGAAUGAUCUGAUGCAGCUGAAGCUGCAGCUGGAGGGGCAGGUAACAGAGCUGAGGAGCCGAGUGCAGGAGCUCGAGACAGCUCUGGCAACCGCCAGGCAGGAGCACGCGGAGCUGACAGAGCAGUUCAAGGGGAUUUCCCGGUCCCAUGGGGAGCUCACAGAAGAGAGGGACAUCCUGAGCCGGCAACAGGGAGACCAUGUGGCACGCAUCCUGGAGCUGGAGGAUGACAUCCAGAUCAUCAGUGAGAAAGUGCUGACAAAGGAGGUGGAGCUGGACAGGGUCAGAGACGCAGUGAAGGCCCUGACUCGAGAACAGGAGAAGCUCCUUGGGCAACUGAAGGAAGUACAAGCAGACAAGGAACAAAGUGAGGCUGAGCUCCAAAUGGCACAACAGGAGAACUAUCGUUUAAAUUUAGAGCUGCAGGAGGCCAAGGGCCGGCAAGAAGAGCAGUGUGCUCAGGCCCAGCGACUGAAGGACAAGGUGGCCCAGAUGAAGGACACCCUAGGUCAGGCGCAGCAGCGGGUGGCUGAGCUGGAGCCCCUGAAGGAGCAGCUUCGAGGAACCCAGGAGCUUGCGGCCUCAAGCCAACAGAAAGCCGCCCUCCUUGGGGAGGAGUUGGCCAGCACAGCAGGAGCCAGGGACCGUACCAUAGCUGAGCUACAUCGCAGCCGCUUGGAAGUGGCUGAAGUCAAUGGCAGGCUGGCUGAGCUCAGUCUGCACUUGAAGGAGGAAAAAUGCCAGUGGAGCAAAGAGCGGGCAGGGCUGCUGCAGAGUGUGGAGGCUGAGAAAGAUAAGAUCCUGAAGCUGAGUGCGGAGAUACUUAGACUGGAGAAGGCAGUUCAGGAGGAGAGGACCCAGAACCAAGUGUUCAAGACUGAACUGGCCCGGGAAAAGGAUUCUAGCCUGGUGCAGUUGUCAGAGAGUAAGCGAGAGCUGACAGAGCUGCGGUCAGCCCUGCGUGUGCUGCAGAAGGAAAAGGAGCAGUUGCAGCAGGAGAAGCAGGAACUACUAGAGUACAUGAGAAAACUGGAGGCCCGCCUGGAGAAGGUGGCAGAUGAGAAGUGGAAUGAGGACGCUGCCACAGAGGAUGAGGAUACUGCUGCAGGGCUGAGCUGCCCAGCGGCACUGACAGACUCAGAGGAUGAGUCCCCAGAAGACAUGAGACUCCCACCCUAUGGCCUGUGUGAGCGUGGAGAUCCAGGUUCCUCUCCUUCUGGGCCCCGAGAGGCUUCUCCCCUCGUCGUCAUCAGCCAGCCAGCUCCCAUUGCUCCCCACAUGUCAGGGACAGCUGAGGACAGUAGCUCUGACUCGGAAGCUGAAGAUGAGAAGUCAGUCCUGAUGGCAGCUGUGCAGAGUGGGGGUGAGGAGGCCAACCUGUUGCUUCCUGAACUGGGCAAUGCCUUCUAUGACAUGGCCAGCACCAUCUUCCAUGGAGCCCAAAUUGCUCUGCAUUCCCUCUCUCCUGCCCCUACCCCUUCCCUAACUACCAGUGGCUUUGCAGUGGGCCCCCUGUCAGAGGCCAACACUGGGGGUCCUGCAACCCCCCCAUGGAAGGAGUGUCCUAUCUGUAAGGAACGCUUCCCUGUUGAGAGUGACAAGGAUGCCCUGGAGGAUCAUAUGGAUGGACACUUCUUUUUCAGCACCCAGGACCCCUUCACCUUUGAGUGAUCUCACCCC